AUGUACUCGGCGCAGACCAGAAACGGCCUCGGCGUCACUGACGGCUCUGGCACCAUCAAUCCUGCCGCCCUCAAUUCGUCAGGAGCUCUGAUUAACCCCUCCGUGACUAUUACUCCAGACCCGAGUCCUCGAGGCACCAAGCGCAGUCGCUCUCCGGACACAUACGGCCAUCUGCCGCAAGGCGACCGCCUAGCUGAUGACGGUGACCGGCCACAAAAAAGAGGACGACAAAUGAAACCGAUGAGAGCUGGUGGGGUACCAGAGAGCCCAAACCCGCCGUCGAUGCCGCAACCUCAGAGCGUCCCUCCGCAAACGCCCCAAUCCCAAACAACCACCCUCCCACCGCAGCUGAGUAACAUUACGCCUACACAGUCUUCUCCACCGCCGAAAACAACCCCGACCAAAACUGUGAUAAAAGCCCUACCAACCGUCCGUGACCAUACCACGGAUCAACUCGGCCCCGAAGGAGAUGAAUAUAUACCCCGCGAAUAUGACGAGGCCGGCGAGAAAAAGGUCACAGCAACUGGCCACCUUUUGGAUGGGCGCGAAUACAGGUGCCGGACAUUCUUUGUGCCAAAUAGAGGGGAUAAGCUGUUCAUGCUCGCCACCGAGUGUGCGAGGGUCUUAGGCUACAGAGAUUCAUAUCUACUUUUUAACAAAAACAGAUCCUUGUACAAAAUCAUUGCAACCCAGGCGGAAAAGGAAGACCUAAUUCAUCAGGAGAUCCUGCCCUUCUCCUAUCGGUCCCGCCAAAUUGCAAUCGUCACGGCCAAGUCUAUGUUCCGGCAGUUUGGGAGCCGGGUCAUCGUGAACGGAAGACGAGUAAGGGACGACUAUUGGGAAAGCAAAGCACGCAAGCAAGGAUUUACCGAGGAAGAUAUGGCGGGAGAGAAGAGACCCGGUGCUGCGAAAGCUAGAGAUGCUGCCGCUGCAGAAGCAAACGCUAAUGCAUCCCUGGCACUCGGCCACCACGGUGAUAUUGUUUACAGCAAUAGUCCUGGGCAUUUUGGUGUUCACCCGCAACCGCAAACAGUUCAACCGGGCAUGAUAGGUGCACCAGGAGGCGCGACACCUCUCCCAAUGAUUACUUUGGCACCGGAUCAAACAGAUAUGCGACUGAGAGACUACAGCAAUAUUCAGCGCCCACGCCAAGAGAUCACUGGGCCCGCAUAUCAGGACCGCACCCAAACAAGCCCGCCGACAGAACUGCUAACCGGAGCACACCAAGCCGCGGAGUAUAACAAGCAGGUCAAUGUUCAAAGAAGUCGAAGUAGCGAUUUUCUCGACCGGCGCUGGAGACAGCCUCAUGAGCCGCCCCCAAACCUUGUUCAGCAGCCAAUAGGGACCGGUGACAGUCUUCCAUCGUCACAAGCUCUGCAGUCACCACGCGUCUCCCAAAGCACCGCUCAGCAGUCAACGAUACCCCAACCAGCUUCUCAACAUUUGAUAGCCGGGCAGACUUACUCUCAAGCUACUCAUCAGCCGAAUCCCAUCGCACAGUCUCCCAUGAGAUCUGUAGCUCAAGGACCCGUGAGAUCUGACCAACUUGGGAGGUCGCCUAACCUACCCAUGGGGUCGAGUAACCUCAGUCAAGGCGGAAACACGUAUGGGUUUACCCCUCAGAGCCACAUGUGGCCGCCUUCCCAAACCCAACAGCCCCAACACCCUGCAUAUCCGAGCUACGCGUCCAAUACAUCACAAUCACCACAUCUUCAGCAGUCAACCCAUCAACCACCAUCUCAACUUCGACAUUCUAGCAGCAAUCCUCAGAUGCAGCCAGGGCUGCAAUACCCAGGGAUGCAGGGCAUUGGGCAAGGCUAUCCCGCACCAGGAAGAGGCCUCUACCAACAAGAUCAAAGCGCACAAUUCAUGCAGCCUAGCACAUCCGGUCCUCAGCCCGGAGCUCAGGGCUGGGCACCUCAACAACCACCGGGAUCUGGUAACUCAUGGGGCUGGGCAUCGCAACCUCAAUGA